UCACCGACCUCACCUCCCCAGGCCGCAAAAGAGCAAAACACAAGCGCAACCUUCAACAACGUCAUUCGGGACGACCACACACCCCUGCGCUCCGAACACGGCCACGACGACAACUCGCUAAAGACCAUUGAUCAAUCCGAUCCCAAGAAGGCCGCUUGUAGUCUCCCGACGAAAACGCUACGAAGUCCUCCACACGCUCUCCACCCUACACAAUCGUACGCGCAAUGGCAGACAGAGGAUCGCACAGAGGCGGUGGCCGAGGAGGUGGUGGCGGCGGCGGCUAUCGCGGACGUGGAGGAGGACGCGGCGGCGGCGGCGACCGUGGAGCACCCCAGGGGGCCAGCGGUGACCGCGAGAGACCCAAGAAGGAGAACAUCCUGGACCUGUCAAAGUACAUGGACAAGCAGAUUACCGUCAAGUUCAACGGUGGCCGUGAAGUCACCGGCACACUCAAGGGAUAUGAUGCAUUGAUGAACCUCGUCUUGGAUGAUGUCCAUGAGGUCAUGAGAGACGAGGAAGGAAAUGAAAGAACGAGAUCCCUUGGCCUCGUCGUCGCUCGCGGAACUCUGCUUGUCCUCGUCAGCCCCGUCGACGGCAGCGAGCCCAUAGCGAAUCCCUUUGCGCAACCCGACGAGGAAUGAUCUCAAUUCGGGAGAAACUGCGACACCACGAAACCACAAGGACGAGAUCAUGAGCUGGCUAGGGCAGAGAGGGUUACCUAUGUUGAACUCCACCUCAAGAGAAAGAGAGAGAGUAAGGAACCAAGACGCCAAACAGUUUGACAAAGAGGAACCACAAUGGAAAGGUUCUGGUCCAUGGUAUAGCACGGCUGUAUCGAUAUUUAUACCCGCAGCAGCAGGACAUGAAUGAUGAUGGCAUGUCACACAUACCAACAUGCUGCCCAAAU